CGGCCCCAGCCCGGCUCGGCCCUCCGCCGGCGGGAGGCGCGGCCCGGCGGCCAGGGCCCCUCGGCUCGGCCGGUUUCCCUCCGCCGGCGCCGGGCGCUGCUCCGUGAGCUCCGGGCGCGGCCGCGUCCCCGCCCGGCCUCUGCCCGCCAGCGCCCCCGGCUCGAGGCCGGCGGGGGCCCGAGGCGGCCGGCUACGCGCGGGAGCCCGAGUGAGCGCAGAGAGAGGCCGCGCGGCCCGAGUCGCAGGAAGGCGGCGGCAGCAGCGGCGGCGAGGCCCGAACUCCGUCCGGACUUCUUGGGCUCCGCAGGCGCAGGCUCGGCCCGGCCGGGCAGGGCGCGGAGCGCGCGGCGGCAGCCGGGGCCAUGCAGGCACGCUACUCCGUGUCCAGCCCCAACUCCCUGGGAGUGGUGCCCUACCUUGGCGGCGAGCAGAGCUACUACCGCGCGGCGGCGGCGGCGGCCGGGGGCGGCUACCCGGCCAUGCCCGCGCCCAUGAGCGUGUACUCGCACCCGGCGCACGCCGAGCAGUACCCGGGCGGCAUGGCGCGCGCCUACGGGCCCUACGCGCCGCAGCCGCAGCCCAAGGACAUGGUGAAGCCGCCCUACAGCUACAUCGCGCUCAUCACCAUGGCCAUCCAGAACGCGCCGGACAAGAAGAUCACGCUGAACGGCAUCUACCAAUUCAUCAUGGACCGCUUCCCCUUCUACCGGGACAACAAGCAGGGCUGGCAGAACUCCAUCCGCCACAACCUCUCGCUCAACGAGUGCUUCGUUAAGGUGCCGCGCGACGACAAGAAGCCGGGCAAGGGCAGCUACUGGACGCUGGACCCGGACUCCUACAACAUGUUCGAGAACGGCAGUUUCCUGCGGCGGCGGCGGCGCUUCAAGAAGAAGGACGCAGUGAAAGACAAGGAGGAGAAGGACCGGCUGCACCUCAAGGAGCCGCCGCAGCCGGGCCGCCCCCCCGCGCCCGCGCCCCCCGAGCCGGCGGACGGUGCCGCUUCGGGCCCGCAGCCGCCACCUGUGCGCAUCCAGGACAUCAAGACGGAGAACGGUACGUGCCCCUCGCCGCCCCAGCCCUUGUCCCCCGCCGCCGCUGCCGCCGCGGCCGUGCCCAAGAUCGAGAGCCCCGACAGCAGCAGCAGCAGCCUGUCGAGCGGGGCCAGCCCCCCGGGCAGCCUGCCGGCCGCGCGCUCGCUCAGCCUGGACGGCGCAGACCCCGCGGCCCCCGCGCCCCCCGCGCCGCACCCCGGGCCCGGCUUUAGCGUGGACAACAUCAUGACGUCCCUGCGGGGGUCGCCGCAGGGCGCGGCCGCCGAGCUGGGCGCGGGCCUCCUGGCGUCGGCGGCGGCCACAGCGGCGGCGUCGUCCCGCGCGGGCCUCGCGCCCCCGCUGGCGCUGGGCGCCUACUCGCCAGGCCAGAGCGCGCUCUACAGCUCCCCCUGCAGCCAGAGUCCGGGCGCGGGCGGCGCCGGCGGGGCGGCGGGCGGCGCGGGGGGCGCGGGCGGCGCGGGGGGCGCGGGGACCUACCACUGCAACCUGCAGGCCAUGAGCCUCUACGCGGCCGGCGAGCGCGGCGCCCACCUGCAGGGCGCGCCCGGGGCGGCGGGCGCCUCAGCCGUGGACGACUCGCUGCCCGACUACGCGCUGCCCCCGGCCACCAGCAGCAGCGGCAGCUCCUCGUCGCUGAGCCACGGCGCGGGCGGCCAGGACGCCGGCCACCACGCCGCGGCCCACCAGGGCCGGCUGGCCUCGUGGUACCUGAACCAGGCAGGCGGAGAUCUGGGCCACUUGGCCAGCGCGGCGGCGGCGGCGGCGGCCGCGGGCUACCCGGCCCAGCAGCAGAACUUCCACUCUGUGCGCGAGAUGUUCGAGUCUCCGCGCAUCGGCCUGAACAACUCUCCGGUGAACGGGAACAGCAGCUGUCAGAUGGCCUUCCCGGCCGGCCAGUCUCUGUACCGCCCGUCCGGGGCCUUCGUCUACGACUGCAGCAAGUUCUGACCCCGGCCCGGUCCCCGCGCCCUGCGAGCCGAGCAGAACUGAAGGGAACCCCAGGGCAGGAGCAGCCGAGAGAACCAGCCCUUCGUGCAAAAACGAAACUAAAAACAUUCUAUGUUAAAACCUCGAGAAACGCUCACCGCGCCAGCCAGCAGAAAUCCCUCCCAAAUUCAAGGCACCAGCGCCAGCUACGAGAGAAAACUGUAUUUUCUUAAAAGAUUGAUUCAGAGCCGCUUCCACUGUGCCUUCCUAAAUAAACAAAACCCUGAACUGUGCUGUCCGAGGGCGCGCAGGCACGGGGUGUUAAAGGACAGUGUUACUCCAGCUAGCACGUAAGUCUUCUUGCUUUUCAGAGACUGCUUUCCUGCCCCCGCCUCUGCUCCCUACGCUUUCCUCUCGCUUUCCUCUCCCUCGCCUGUAAGAUAUGUUUUCUCCUAUGUCGAAGGGAGGGGGAAGUCCCUGUCUAGGAAAAUCGCUUUCUUUUUAUUCCUAUGGACUUGUUUUAAAAUGUAAAUUGCAACAUAGUAAUUUAUUUUUAAUUUGUAGUUGGAUGUCGUGGACCAAACGCCAGAAAGUGUUUCCAAAACCUGACGUUAAAUUGCCUGAAACUUUUAAGUUGUGCUUCUUUUCCUCAUUAUAAAAAGGGAAACUGUAUUAAUCUUAUUCUAUCAUCUUUUCUUUGUGUUGAACGUAUUCAUUGUUUGUUCAUGAAUAAAUUGCCAUUCAAGUUGAAUGAGACCUAUAUGUCUGGGUACUUCCAUGCAGCCUGAGUAGAAGGGAAAGAUUUCAGAGAUGAAACUCUAGGAGUGACCAGCGCUCCACCCAGAUCUCUGAAAACUGGAGAAACCCUCCGACCACCAAUCCAUGUCACAAUUGCGCUAAAAGCCUUUUUGCUUAGGUAUUUUUUUCCUUCUACAUCUUCUGCAAAAUGUAUUCUCUAGUUAAUUUGCUUUGUGGCUAGUAAAAAGAUUUCCUAAAGAGAUCUGAGUGGGCGUCUACACGUAUUUUUUCUUAGUAACCAUAGAACGAGGCUUGAAAACGUCCAGCCGGCCGGUCGGUCCGCGGUCUUCCCACAGCGAAACCUGUGUGCGGAGCCGCGAAUUUGUCCCAGAUAAAAUAAGCGGUCGGCUUGGCUUGUGUGUCCCACGGAAAGCUUCAGUGCUACGUCCACGCGAGCAAGAUGCUGAAGAGAUUUUAACCUGUUGAUUCCAGUCCUUGUUAGGAGGAGAAAUGAACCGGUUUUUAACGUGUGUAUAGAACUCACCCACACUUACAAUCCUUCAUGUAUUACACAGAAGGAUUGGUUUUUUUAAUUAAAAAGAUAUAAAUAUACCAUGGGUUAGAAAGGGAUAUUUAAUCUUUGGGAAACUGUUUUAGAAGCUAUGUUUGUAGAAUAAUUAUUUUUGGAAAAAGAUUUAAAGCAAUAACGAGGAAGAAGAGAAGGGCAGAAUAUUUUUGUCUGGGGUGGUUUCUUUACGACCCAGUUUUUCUCGUUAAUUUACAGUUAAACCUACGGGGCGAUCUGUUGGCCCUCCCCCGUUUUGUAAAUAACCCAGGAAAUGUAAUAAAUUCAUUAUCUGAGGGUGAUCUGCCCUGUCAAUCAGACUUUGAGGAGAUGGCGAUUUGAUUACAGACAUUUGGGGCCUUUCAGUUUGUUUUCAGAUAAUGCAGUUUCCUAUCUGCGCUCCUAUCUGGAGGCAACACUUAAGCAGUAAUUGCUGUUGCUUGUUGUCAAAAUUUGAUCAUUGUUAAAGGAUUGCUGCAAAUAAAUACACUCUAAUUUCAGUCAAAAA